GCAGCUGUUUCCGGUGGGAGGCACCUGCAGUUUAAGCGCCAGAAUUUGAUGUCCCGCCUGUUUUUCAUCGAGUGACCCACUGUAACUGUUAGUGUUAUUGCACAUUUCUGCAUUACUGCAUCAAGAUAAAAUGUCUCCAACAGCCAAAAGAGCCUGUCCCAGUCCUCUGAAUGACAGUCUGGAGAAAAGACUCAAACGCAUCUCAGUUGAAGGCAACAUUGCGGCGGGUAAAUCCACUUUUGUUCGUCUGCUGGAGGAACAUGAUAGAGAAUGGGAGGUAGUACCGGAACCCAUCGCUAGAUGGUGCAAUGUACAAACUCAUCAAAACGAGUACGAGGAAUUGACCACCUCUCAGAAGAGUGGAGGAAACGUGCUGCGGAUGAUGUACGAGAAGCCCGAGCGCUGGGCGUACACCUUCCAGAGCUACGCCUGCAUGAGCCGCAUCCGCUCGCAGAUCAAAUCCACCGACGGCAAACUCCGAGAGGUGGAGAAUCCCGUGCAGUUCUUCGAACGAUCGGUGUACAGCGACAGGUACAUCUUUGCCUCUAACCUCUAUGAGAGUGAGUGUGUGAAUGAAACCGAGUGGGCGAUUUAUCAGGACUGGCACAGCUGGCUGCAUAAGCAGUUUGGGAAGCACAUUGAGCUGGACGGCAUUAUCUACCUACGCGCAAAACCGGAGAGGUGUUUGGAGCGAUUGCAUUUGAGAGGAAGAGACGAGGAACAGGGAAUUCCACUGGAAUAUCUGGAGAAACUCCACUAUAAACAUGAGUGCUGGUUACAGCACAGGACUAUGAGUAUGGAAUUUGAGUAUCUGAAUGAAGUGCCGGUUCUUACCCUGGAUGUCGAUGACGAUUUUAAAGACAACAAGGUCAAGUGUGCUGAUAUGAUCGAGAAGGUAAAGGAAUUUCUGAGCAGCCUGUGAUUAUGAUGAGAAAUGGUCCUUGAUGGACAGAAUCAUUUAACAUGGUCUAUUUUUUACAUUUUGAAACUUAUGUGUG